UGUUUUUGUGUUCCUAGCUCUUCUGGGAAAGCCGCUGGGAUUUCUUUACCUGGUUAUCGCUUAUCUCAAGGCAAGGGUGCCCCGGAUCCCUUCUGAACGCUCGGCCAGGCAGUGUUGUGACGGGAACUGAAACUUCGGAAGCGGGUCUGAUAACAUUGGAUUGGCGGAGGGAAGCAGGACACCAGAGAGACGCAGUCAUCAGCGAGGGUGGCAGGCCCCGUCCGGGGGAUCUUGGAAACCCUGCGGUCCACCAUGAAGUUCCAGUAUAAGGAGGACCAUCCCUUUGAAUAUCGGAAAAAAGAAGGAGAAAAGAUCCGGAAGAAAUAUCCGGACAGGGUCCCUGUGAUUGUGGAGAAGGCUCCGAAAGCCAGGGUGCCUGAUCUGGACAAGCGGAAGUACCUAGUGCCCUCUGACCUCACUGUUGGCCAGUUCUACUUCUUAAUCCGGAAGAGGAUUCACCUGAGACCUGAGGACGCCUUAUUCUUCUUUGUCAACAACACUAUCCCUCCCACUAGUGCUACCAUGGGCCAGUUGUAUGAGGACAACCAUGAGGAAGACUAUUUUCUGUAUGUGGCCUACAGUGAUGAGAGUGUCUAUGGGAAGUGAGUGGUGGAAGCCCAGCAGAUGGGAGCACCUGGACUUGGGGUUAGGGGAGGGGUGUGUGUGGGACUUGGGGAUAGAGAGGGAGGCUCCCACCAUGGAGGAGACAGAAGGUGAAGACAUCAAGAAACAUUACACCGCACACGCUGUCAUCACAUUUUCACAUGCUCAAUUGAUAUUUUUUGCUGCUUCCUCAGUCCAGGGAGAAAGCAUGUCAGGACAGAGCUGUUGGAUUGGCUUGGAUAGGAAUUGGGUUGACACAAUUUCAUAGCAUUCCUGAGAAUGAAUUUUUGUGCAAUUUCAUAGAGGGAUCAGGAGGUGGGCGGGUUGGGGCCAGAGAUGAUUGCAGUUCGGUAGCAACUCCCUGCUCUUUAGGCAGAGAGUCUGAUUUUGACAUUUGCAAAAGCCAAUAUGGAAAGGAGACAGGAGUGUUUUAGGAUAUGUGCUAAUGGACCAUGCCUGGGGACCAAAAAAGACCCACUGUAAUUGAAGUGUGGCCCCCUGUCUCUCACCUCCUCCCUUCCUAUCUCAGUCAUAACCUGACAAAUGUCACAGUGCCACCACCAAGGAUGGCAGUAGACAUCAACCCAGAAGUUUAGAUGGGGUUCUCUUACCUUUUCAGGUGGUUAGGAUUACAGAGAUAGUUUCUGUAGCAUUAAACUGGAAUGAUGGAGUGUUGAGCAUCUCAGUCUAACUUGCUCUCUCUCUGGUGCCCCUUAUCCCACACCCACUUUGGAAUUUAAUGAGCCUCAGGCUUUUCUAAUUGCAGACUAAAACUCAAGCAUUUCCUUUAGCAUUUUCAUGUAUAGGGACAGAGAUAUGUUAGGUAGGGACUAGGCAGGAUGAGGUAAGGUAGAUGACACCUCCCACUCAGCCAGAAUUCUCGCUCCCGUGCUGCUGUCCCUGCAGUCUCACACGCACAGGAUAAUUCUCGAUGGCCAGCUGCUUCCCUCCUUCGGUUUUAAUCCACUGCAGCUGCUAGUUAGAAAAGUUUGGAGGGAUGACUUUUAGUAAUUCAUGGGGAUUUUAUUGAUUUUCACUUUAGGGGUUGGGUGGGGGUGGGGAGCAGGACUUGCACUCAGAGGGGACAUUUCAAUUCAUCUCUAGUAAUGAACAGAGGCCUUCCUGUUGGGAGAAGCCUGUCAGCUACAGAUUCUUGUAUAAUAAUGUUAAUGCCAUCAGGCCAAGGAAAUAAAGAAAUUGCUUAUCUUAAAAAUUUA